CGGCCGUAUGGCGGCUGCGGCGCUGCGCCUGUGCCGCGCUGCGCGCCUGCUGCCGGCUGCUGCCGCCGCGACCCAAAACACGGCCCCAGCGCCGCGGCCGCCUCCGCGCCUCGCCUCCUCCUCCUCCUCUUCCUCCUCCGCCUCCUCUGCUUCCCGGCCCUCUCCGCCGCAGCCCGCCAUGCCGGCCUUCCAGUACCCCGAGGUGUACCGCGACGAGACCGCCGUGUCGGAUUACCAUGGAUGCAAAAUCAGCGAUCCGUACUGCUGGCUUGAAGAUCCCGAUAGCGAGGAGACGAAGGCAUUUGUGGAGGCUCAGAACAAGCUCACAGUACCCUUUCUCGAGCAGUGUCCUGUUAGAGCACUGUUCAAGGAACGAAUGACUGAACUCUAUGAUUAUCCUAAGUACAGCUGCCACUUCAAGAAAGGAAAAAGGUAUUUUCACUUCUACAAUACCGGGCUCCAGAAUCAGCGAGUUUUAUAUGUACAAGAUUCCUUGGAUGCUGAUGCCAAAGUUUUUCUUGAUCCAAAUAAGCUUUCUGAUGAUGGCACCGUGGCCUUACGAGGUUAUGCAUUCAGUGAAGACGGUGAAUACUUUGCAUAUGGCCUGAGUUCUAGUGGCUCUGAUUGGAUUACUAUCAAGUUUAUGAAAGUAGAAGGUCCUGAGGAUCUCCCAGAUACACUAGAGAGAGUUAAAUUCAGUUGCAUGGCAUGGACCCAUGAUGGAAGAGGCAUGUUCUAUAACUGCUACCCGAAACAAGAUGGGAAAAGUGAUGGCACUGAGACCUCCACUAAUCUGCAUCAAAAGCUGUAUUAUCACGUAUUAGGAACUAACCAGUCAGAAGAUAUCCUAUGUGCUGAAUUUCCCGAUGAUCCAAAAUGGAUGGGGGGAGCUGAGGUGUCGGAUGAUGGUCGAUAUGUCUUGCUGUCUAUCAGAGAAGGCUGUGAUCCAGUGAACAGACUGUGGUACUGUGAUCUACAGAAGGAGUCUCAGGGUAUAUCAGGAAUUCUUCAAUGGGUGAAGCUGAUAGAUAACUUUGAGGCUGAGUACGAGUAUGUCACCAAUGAAGGAACAGUGUUCACUUUCAAGACAAACCGCCAUUCUCCAAAUUACCGGCUAAUCAACAUUGACUUCAGUGAUCCAGAGGAAUCCAAAUGGAAAGUUCUCGUCCCUGAACAUGAAAAAGAUGUUCUAGAAUGGGUUGCUUGUGUGAGGUCCAAUUUCCUGGUUUUAUGCUACCUGCAUGAUGUGAAGAAUAUCCUGCAGCUUCAUGACCUAGCCACUGGUGCACAUCUCAAGACUUUUCCCCUAGAAGUUGGUAGUAUUGUGGGAUAUAGUGGCCAAAAGAAGGACACUGAAAUAUUCUACCAGUUUACUUCCUUUUUAUCUCCAGGUAUUAUAUAUCACUGUGAUCUGACCAAAGAGGAACUGGAGCCAAGAGUUUUCCGAGAAGUGACUGUUAAAGGAUUUGAUCCUUCUGUUUACCAGACAAUUCAGGUUUUCUACCCUAGCAAAGAUGGCACUAAGAUCCCAAUGUUUAUUAUUCACAAGAAAGGAAUUAAAUUAGAUGGUUCUCAUCCUGCCUUCUUGUAUGGAUAUGGAGGCUUCAACAUAUCAAUUACACCGAGCUACAGCGUGUCAAGACUUAUUUUUGUGCGACACCUGGGAGGUGUUCUAGCAGUGGCAAACAUCAGGGGCGGGGGAGAAUAUGGAGAGACCUGGCACAAAGGUGGUAUCUUGGCCAACAAACAAAAUUGCUUUGAUGACUUUCAGUGUGCUGCCAAAUACCUCAUCAAGGAAGGCUACACAUCCCCAAAGAAGCUGACUAUUAAUGGAGGCUCAAAUGGAGGCCUCUUAGUUGCUGCCUGUGCUAACCAGCGCCCUGACCUGUUUGGUUGUGCUAUUGCCCAAGUGGGAGUGAUGGACAUGCUCAAGUUCCACAAGUACACCAUCGGCCAUGCUUGGACCACUGACUAUGGUUGCUCCGACUGUAAGGAGCAGUUCGAAUGGCUGCGCAAGUACUCUCCACUUCACAAUGUCAAACUACCAGAAGAAGAUGGCAUCCAGUAUCCCUCCACGCUGCUGCUGACAGCAGACCACGAUGACCGUGUGGUCCCUCUCCAUUCUCUGAAGUUCAUCGCUACCCUGCAGUACAUUGUGGGCCGAAGCAGUAAACAAACCAAUCCACUUCUCAUCCAUGUUGACACCAAGGCUGGGCAUGGAGCAGGAAAGCCAACUGCUAAAGUUAUAGAAGAAGUGUCAGAUAUGUUCGCUUUUGUAGCACGAUGUCUAAAUCUUGAGUGGAUUGAAUAGGAAAAAUGCUUAUUACUGUCUCCUUUAGAAAACAAGGGCUUUAACAUUUAAGAACAGCCACGCUACUACUUGGUGUAGUACUUACAUUUAAGAACUACAGUUUAAUAUUUUAUUGAUCCAACCUGCUAUGGAGUUUUGAUCUUCUGUGCUUCCCUCUUUUUGGCAUUUCUUUGAUUUUUUUUUCUACUGCAUUCCAAACUCCAUUUUGAAAAGCAUGUUCAAGAAAAUAGCUGAGCUACACUCAGUACUGUUGUGAAAAUUUAGAUUUCAAAACUAGUGCUAUUUGAGCUUAUUUCCUGUAAACAAUUUUAAUGUAUUUCACCUAUAAACAUAUCCAGAUCAUUUGUAAUUAAAUGUAAGUACUGUUCACAUACAAGAUCUCUGAGCAUAUUUUAUUUACACUGAUUUAUUUAAGAAUGUAAAUUGAAGGUGUUCAGUGAUAACCAUGAAAAACUGAAGAGACAGUAAUCCAGUUACAUCAAAUAUUAUUAAAAAGAUUAUAUUUCAUUCUGUUCAUAAA